AUGGUCCUUUGCGAGUCGUACUGCUGCGGCUCAGUUUCUUCGGGAGCUAAUCUGCCUUCCGUUCUUCCUAGAAGACGUGUUUUCAUUUCUAAGCGAUUGGCUUGGGUUUUACGGCACGGUGCCCACAAAGUCGGUCUAACUCUCACCAAAGGUGGUUAUCUGUACGUGGAUGAUGUGCUUCAAACACCGUCGUUUCAUGGUGUGACAUUGGAAGAUAUCCGUCAAGUGGUUGAUUCAGAUGACAAGACUCGAUCCGAGUUGUGGCCCUCACCUGAAUCCGGUCGGCUCCGUGUCCGUGCUUUUCAGGGCCACCGCCUUCCUAUUGAGGAUAUGGACCUUACUCCCAUAACCGAUCCCAGUCAUUAUCCUGUGGUCGUGCACGGAACGUACAUCCGAAACUGGGAACGCAUCCGUGUGGAAGGGCUGAAACGGAUGUCUCGUACUCACAUUCACUUCGCCCCUGGGGAGCCGGGUGAGGCCGAUGUGAUUAGCGGGAUGCGGUCCAAUGCGGAGUUGGUCAUUCACAUCGAUUUGGCAAAGGCCUUGCACGAUGGGUUCAAAUUCUACCUGUCACAAAAUCGGGUUAUCCUGACCGAAGGGGAUUCACAAGGUUGUCUGCCUCCAGCGUACUUCACUGCGGUUUACCAACGUAAUCCACAGGCUUGUCUUUUAAUCCAGGGUGCUUUGUGUUCAAGUGCCGAAGCAGUUUUGAAGGUUUCGUUGCCUCAUUAG